UUCUUUCAAUUGAUUUGUUUUUUCAGGUUUUGAUUAGAUCGCCAGUGGAAUCAGAUCAUAUACUUAAACACUUGAAAGCGUGUGAGGAUUGAAUUGUGUGUGUUCUUAGCAUUUAAUCUGAGCUAAGAGAGACCACUUGUUGUGUCCUGCCUGGAAGUUGCUUAAUUUUGAUCAAUUAAGCUCAUAAUAAUAAUAUUAAUAUAAGGCUAUUAUCAAUCUUGAAAAGACCAAUCUCUGAGGGUUAUUCAACCCAAGUAUCAGGGUUUCUGAGGUGUAUAUAACUAACUUGCCAAGUUAUAAGGAGUUUUAGAAUUUUUGGGGACUUUGAAAUUGAUUUCUUGGAGGUCAGAAAGUGAAAUUCUGAGCUGGAAUGGUGUACUGGAUCAGGGAUUCUCUGAUCUGGUCAAGUGCUGGCGUAAAGGAGCUAAACAGUUGUUGGAGUGUGGUGAAAGUGUUCUGUUUUACAGUUAGCAAGGACAAGUGCCAUGUCUCGCUGUUUCCCGUUUCCUCCACCAGGUUAUGACAAGAAGUUUGCAACUCACGACACUGCUGACCCUCUCUUAAAGGAGAAGUGUAAGGAAAAGAAACCCAAGAAGGAUAAGGACAAAGAAAAGAAAGAGGGUAAAGAGAAAAAGAGUAGAGAUAGAAGUAGAGACAAACAUAAGGAAAGAAAGGAGAAAAAAGAGAAACUUGAAGAUCGUAAAGACAAGGAUAAAGAAAAAUGCAAACCUUUGGAGGAGAAGAAAGCCGAAGUGCUGACAAACACAGGGACCAAUAAUAGUAAUGGAGAGUCAAAGUAUGUACAUGAACUGGCAAGAAGGAUCCGAUAUGACGAAGAAGCGACAGGAAGUCAGAGUGCACAAAGGAUUACUAACCAAAAAGGAAUACCAGGAAAAACAUUUGUAAACAGCAGUUUCUCCCCAAAUCAAGUAAUAAACGAUAGGGAGAAUGAUGAUAAGAGAAUCAGUACCCAGAAGAAUGUUGCUGGGGCAAAAAGUUCUGAAAAUGCUCGAGAAUCAUUUGGUGCAGAUCAGAAAAGAGCUUUGGCUAUGUGUAAACCAAUGGAGAACAGAGACAAGGCGAUGCAUACAGAAUCAGCUGAGAAGAUUUACCGCAAGGAAAGUGUGGCAAUGAGUGAUAAACCAAGAGAUAAAGGUGUAAAAAAACUCGAAGCAAAGGAUACAGACAGAAAUAAGGAGAAGAAAACAGAGUCAAUAAAUGAAACUCAUCAGGAAAAACCAAGAUUGAUAGAAGAGCCCAGAUUCAAGGAUAGGGGAAAGGACUCUCUGGAUAUAAGGAAUGGCAGACCGCCUGACAUGUCACGGGCGAGUGUCAAUAAUCUUAUUGCUGAGAAAAGUCUUGGCAAGCGGAUGGAUCUUGACACAAAUGGACUCUUGUAUGAGAAUGGAACCAAACCAAACAAGUUACAGAGGCACUCAGCAUCAGUCUCAUCUGUGGAAAACGGAAGAACGUUAGGUCCACACCGUAGUCCUGCUUCUGAGAUGCAAGGAAAGGCCUGCAAGCCAGAAGUCAAGGAAGUUAAGAUUAACGGUUUUGUUGUCCCUGGAGAAAAAGAAAAGGUCUGUUCACUGAGUCCUUUGGCUGCAACAAUGAAAGCGAAAGUGAAAGAAAAUGGUCAAGCACCCCCAAAGCCACCUCAUCCGGACCUAAAGUAUCUGGAUCAGAUACUCAGUGUACCGAAAAGAGAGCUGUUUCUGGAGGUUGAUAACGACGAAGAAUGGCUGUAUGGUCCGUUAGGUGUCAAGUUAAAAAAGGCAAGAACAUAUUCUCCUGAUUCUGUUGAAUCCUUGCAGGUGUGGAACCAAGCUUUCAAAAUAGAAUCUGCCGACAUGUUAGCUCUUCCAUAUGUUGUUCCCUUUUAG